AUGGCGGCAUCAGUUCCCAGCUUCUGCUUCCUCCUCCUCUUCUUCUUCCCUGCAUCCAAAGCUUUUGUCGCCGACUCUGCUCCUCGCCGUGAAUGGGAGGGAACCUGGGAAGAGUCCCUCAUCGAACAGGCUUGCCUGGGCGCCACCGACGUCGGAGCAUGCCGCUCCCGCCUGAACACAGAGUGCGACCCCGACGGCCACCGGGGGGCCUUCGCCGUCCUGCACGCCGCCAUGAGGAACACCAUCAGCGAGGCCGUUCGAACGAUCGAGCUUAUGUCCAGGUUCGCCGUCGGCGACGUCUCCGAGAACCACCCGAACUCUGAUCGCAGGCUCUUCCGGGAGCAGACGGCUCUGCGCGACUGCAUCGAGCUUCUGGACCUCUCGGUUGACGAGCUGGGGCGGUCGGCGCGAGAGGUGGAGGCCAUGCGUGGAUCUCCCGGCGACGCCCGCCGGCACGGGAACGUUAUGGCGUGGAUGAGCGCCGCCCUGGGGAACCAGGACACCUGCUUGGAGGGCUUCGAUGGCACAGACGGCCGACUGAGGGAGCACAUCCAGGGCAGCGUGACGCAGGUCACGGAGCUCCUCGCCGGUGUUAUGAGAAUCUACAAGACGAUGCACAGUCUCGCGCCACUGAACGAUACAGCGGAUGGUGGAGAUGGUGAUGGUCUCGGUUUGCCUCCCUGGAUGGGUUCCCAUGACAGCGCCACCGCCGUCUCCCUCGAGCCGCGGCGUCGCCGCCCGGACGCCGUCGUUGCUCUAGACGCCAGCGGGGACUACCGCUCCAUCAUGGACGCCGUCGACAAGGCCCCGGACCGCGGCGCCAGGCUGUACGUGAUCUACGUGAAGGAGGGGGUGUACGAGGAGAACGUGGAGGUGAGGAAGAAGAAGACCCGGAUUGCGCUCGUCGGAGAUGGGAUGGGCCGGACGGUGAUCUCCGGUGGCCGGAGCGUCGUUCAGGGCUGGACGACCUUCAGAACUGCAACCCUCGGUGAGUUCCUCCUCUUCCUCCUCCUUGGAGAACCCGCCGCCCCUGCCUUCGAACAACGCCUGACGGAAGCUCUCUGUACAGCGGCGACCGGUGUGGGAUUCAUCGCGUCGGACAUGACGAUCAGGAACACGGCAGGACAGGAGAAUCACCAGGCGGUGGCGCUGCGCGUCGACUCGGACUGCUCCGCCUUCUACCGGUGCAGCAUCGAGGGGCACCAGGACACGCUCUACGCCCACUCGAGCCGACAGUUCUACCGAGACUGCAAUAUCUACGGCACCGUCGACUUCAUCUUCGGCAACGGCAACAUCGUCGUCCAGCACUCGCAGAUCAUCGUCCGGCCGCCGCUGCCGUCCCAGAAGGUCAGCAUCACGGCGCAGGGCCGGCGAUCGCCGGAAAGCCAGACGGGCUUCUCCAUCCACGGCUGCUCCGUGCUCAGCCGCUACCCCACCUACCUGGGCCGGCCAUGGAAGCAGUUCUCCACCGUCGUCUUCAUGCAGACGUACCUCGACGCGCAGGUGCAGCCGGCGGGAUGGCUCGCCUGGAACGGGGACUUCGCCGUCGAUACGCUCUUCUACGGCGAGUUCGGCAACCACGGCCCCGGGUCGCCGACGAGCAGGCGAGUCAAGUGGCCGGGUUACCAUAUCCUCGACGUCGCCACCGCGAGACUCUUCACCGUCCAGAACUUCAUCAAGGGACAGUUCUGGUUACCCGCGACGGGCGUCCGCUUCGUCGAUGGUCUUCUCUAG